AUGAGUCCCCACGACAAUGGAGUCACGGCGGCCAGCGACGUGAGCAACGGCACGCCAGACGCCGGCGCCAUCAUGCAAAACGCGUUCUCCACCGGGCCCAAGGGCCUGGCACACUAUGCAGACCUGCGCGCCAUCGAAUCCGGGCGGUUCCAUGCUCUUGCCGAGGAUCCAUGGGCCGAUCAUGACGCCCUCAACGCGAGAGAGCCACCUCUCAAGGACGGCGACAAGGCGAAAGUGGUCAUCCUUGGCGGAGGCUUCGGUGCGCUUCUUGCUGCAGUCAGACUCAUCCAGCAAGGGUUUGACGCCGACGAGAUCCGAUUCGUAGACUCGGCGGGUGGUUUUGGAGGUACUUGGUAUUGGAAUCGGUAUCCAGGUCUGCAUUGCGAUGUAGAAUCAUACAUCUAUCUGCCAUUCUUGGAAGAGACAGGCUACGUGCCGACGAAGAAGUACUCACCGGGGCACGAGAUCUUGGAGCACUCAGAGAGGAUCGUAAAGCAUUGGAAUCUCGCGGACAAGGGCCUCUUCAGGACCCAGGUCUCGGACCUGAAAUGGAAUGAGAGUGGCAGGACGUGGACAGUCAGCUUGACCGAGAACCGAGGGCCAGGCCAAUCUCCCCGAGACCUGGAAGUGGAAGCGCAGUACUUUAUCGUUGCAUGCGGCGUGUUGUCACGGCCACAGGUUCCUAAGAUUCCUGGGCUCGAGUCCUUCGCCGGAGACAUGUUCCACAUCCCGCUGGGACUGGAGUGCGUCAUUGGCACCGGCGCAACCGGGAUCCAGGUGGUGCCCAGCCUUGCAAAAUACGCCAAAGAGCUGUACGUUUUCCAACGAACUCCGUCGGCCGUCCACCGGCGCGACCAGCGGGCCACAGACCCGCACGAGUGGAAGACACAGAUCGCCAAUAAGAAGGGCUGGCAGGAGGAGCGGACACUCAACUUCACCUCGUACGUGUGCAGGAACGACGGCCCCGACGCGCUCAACCUGGUCGGCGACGAGUGGUCGAGAAUCGAUUCGUACCACGCCCAGCUCGGGUCCACUCGCAAGCCUCCUGUCGAGCCAACGCCCGAGGCCAUCGGAGCCCACAUCGCCGAGUUCGUAGGCCUGGAUCUCCCUCAUGGGGAGGCCACACGCAAGAGGGUCGACGACAUCGUCAGGGACAAGGAAACGGCAGCCAAGCUCAAGCCGUGGUACCCCUCCUGGUGCAAGCGCCCGACCUUCAGCGACGAGUACCUGCAGGCCUUCAACCUGCCCAACGUGCACCUCGUCGACACGGAUGGGCGCGGCGUCGAGUCGGCCACCGAGAAGGGCCUGGUGUUCGGCGGCAAGGAGUACCCGCUGGACGUGCUGGUCCUGUCUACCGGCUUCACGUCCCCGUCCGCCGGGAACGGAGACCCGGCUCUCCGUUCGGGGAUCCGCGUCUCGGGUCGCGGUGGUUUGGUAUUCCAGGACAAGUGGAAGGCGCGAGGAGCGACGACUUUGCACGGCAUUCUCAGCCACGACUUUCCCAACCUGUUCUUCCUCAGUCCCCUGCAGGCGGGAAGUGCCCCGAACAACGUCCACAUGCUGGAUGUGCAGGCCCGGCACAUUGGUUACAUCCUGGGCCAGGCAAAGAGCAGGAACGCGGCGACCGUUGAGGCGUCGGCGGAGAGCGAGGAGGCCUGGAGCCUCAUGUGCAUGUCUGGUGCGGCGUGGUAUGCGCCUAUCCCGAUGUGCACGCCUGGGUACAUGACGAGGGAGGGAGAGGGCUUUGGCAAGCAGCCGGAACCUGCAGAAGCGAUGAAGCUGGCUCGGGCAUCGCCCUUGUCGGGAGGGUUGAUAAGUUACGACGCGAUCCUGACCGAAUGGAGGGAGAAGGGCGAUUUGGCUGGAGUGGUCGUCGAGCAAUGA